AAAGGGGUUAUUCCCUAUGAGUUCUUCUCAUUUCACACCGGCAAUAAUAGCGCAGGACAAAGCCUUUUUCGCCUCAGUAAGACCGGUAGAAAAAUAUCGCGAAAGACUUAGCCCUUAAGGAUCCUGAAAUUCUCAGAAGUAAAGAAUCAGCCGAAGACGUCUUUGACUGGUGAUACGACACUUGAUAGCACUAUUGAUAACGCAUUCCUCAGACCAGCUUGCCGACCAGUUUCCUUUGGCAGUCGUCGCCUCAAGUCGCAAACAACUCCAAUCGUCAAUUCGCUUUUCACGAGCUAGUUUUGUCGUCCGUGGUCUUGCAUCUUGGACCAAAAACAACCACCUGUUGCCGCGAAAAAACGGCCGGCUUCAUUAUCAGCCGUAACUUCUCGAAUUUCGUCACAGCACAUUGGCUGAUAUACGGGUUUCACUUAUAAGGUCAUGGAAGAAUUGAUCCAAAAGAUAUUACUUUAUACAUUGUGUGGGUGUUGCGCACUUCUUUUCUGCAUUGUUGUGUUCCUGUGCAUCACCGUGAGGCGAAUCCGUCGGGACCUGAAUGAACUCGCAAGAAAUGGAAACAUUUACGCUGAACCCAUAACAGGUGGCAUGGAAGAGAGAGGAAUCAAAGGUAAGACUGACAUGAAAAGGUUGAGCUCGUCCGCAACCCGUUACACUGUGGAACCAGGCCAACCAAAGCCAGCAAACAGGAGGUCUGCGAUACAUUCAGAACCGGAUGAAACUAUCACAUACCUUACCAGGCCUGGUGAGGAGACUGCUGCUCAGAACGAUGGCUCGACUACCGAGACUAUUGCCUUGGGAUACGUCAAUCAAGCUUUCCAAUCAGGUGCUAAUGCCGACCAAGGAUGCACCUCCACCGGCAGCGAUGGUGUAUUCGAGAACGACCAACCAAUUUAUAGCAACGAUGGCAAUGAACAAGAGAGUUGCGAAAAUGGGGCAGUGAACGAGCCAAUAUACGGGAACUGGGGCGAUAUGGCGGAUUUGAAUAACCCUGAACUGCCCCACAGAUCAUAUACUAUGGAUAUUGGUGAACUUAGUUGAGAAAAAUGUCUUACUAAGAAUUGCCGAAGAGAAUAAAUGGCUUUAAUACAAACCUGAACCGAAUAAAGCCAUACUUGGAAUUCUUGCCCAUUAUACUUAACCAUACUGAGGCUGACACUUCCGCUGCUAAUUCAAAAACGAUGCAAUCAAUGAUUGAAAAACUGACUUAUUAUCGCGACAAAAGUUUGGAACCAACUUAUUUUUAGGUGACACCUUUCUUCUGUGCCAGAAAUGUGUUCGUUUUUGUUUUAUGGGUCAUGGACAAUGUAACAAAUGUCAUAAUUCGUUUUUGCAGGCUAAAUAAACAAAUAAAGUAUUGUUUGUUA